CAAAACAAAAAAGGCACCUCCGCAAGCCGCACGCAUACUCCCUCGAACUUGUUUUUCUUCACAAUUUCUCCUCGGAAUUCCGAUCUGCAACACCUUUCAGCUGUCAUUUGAUGUGGGAUUUGUGCGCCAGUGCCCGUACCCGUUUUGACGCAUUCGAUGUGAUCCGGAGCUAGCUGCUUGUGUGUAUUUAUGGCUGAUCGAGUAUCUGCGACGAUAUCGGAUGUGUUCAUGUAUGGAUGAUCGAGCUGAGGUUGCGGACUGUACAAGUUGUUGGAACUGAAUUUAGUUGAGAGAAUGAGAACGCUGUGCGACGUUUGCGAGGGUGCGGCGGCGAUUAUAUUCUGCGCCGCGGAUGAGGCCGCGCUUUGUCGCGCUUGUGAUGAUAAGGUUGUGUCCUUUGGUUGCUUGUAAGUUAAUGUGUGCGCAAGUCUGUAGGUGGAUCUAAUGGAUCGAGUUAAAAAAACCUUAGUAUUGAUUUUUGUUGUAUUUGGACUUGGUUAUUCUAGAUUGUAUUGUUUGGAAUAAUGUGCUUGCAGAGGUUGUAUUGCUUGUUUUUAUCAAUCUUCUUCCCCAAAAAUGUUGUUCUUUUAUGCCGUUGAACUUUUUUAAGAUUGGUGGUACUAUCUGAUUUGGCAUCAUAGAUUGCGUCAGGAGAGAUCAUUGAAUUUUGGGAAUUGCCCGGCCGUUUGAACACGCCUUCCUGUAAUGAUUCCUCCUCUUAGCGUCUGAAGAUUGUUAGGGAUUUUAUAAUGGAUUUCACUGCUAGUAUGUUGCAGAUGUUUUACUCAAAUGAGAAAUGAUUGUAUUCUUGUGUUGAGGUCCAUAUGUGUAAUAAGCUUGCCAGCAGGCAUGUCCGAGUUGGACUUGCCGAGCCAAGUGAAGUCCCACGCUGUGACAUUUGUGAAAAUGCUCCAGCUUUCUUUUAUUGUGAGAUCGAUGGAAGUUCCCUUUGUCUGCAAUGUGAUAUGAUUGUCCACGUUGGUGGUAAAAGAACCCAUGGAAGAUAUCUGCUGCUGAGGCAGAGAAUUAAGUUUCCAGGGGACAAACCUGGAAACAAUGAUGAGCUGGGAUCCGAACGAGCCAGUCUUGGUGAAGCAAACAGGGAUCCUGCUUACUUGCCUAGUCUUAGGGCAAAAGAGAAUAAUCAGCAAAAUCAUCAGAUUUCUCAAGAUUCAAUCCAGCGCAACAACAUAGAUACAGAUGAAAAAAUGGAUAAUAAGUUGAUUGACCUCAAUGCCAGACCUCAAAGGAUGGUUGGGCAAGUGCCGAUGAACCAAGAACGAACAGGUGCUUCAGCUGACAACCAUCAUGAAUCUGACAGUUUGGUUCAAGAUGGAUAUUUCAAAAGGAAACUGGAGAAGUAAUGAAGUUGGCAUUUAGCAACAAAAUGGCUGAGGGCGAUGGUAGAGCGCACUCAAGAUAGUCCUUGUAUCGUGCAACUCUUACUGCUUGGCUACUCUCAGUGUCGCUUUGCUGUUGUUUCAUGGAAGAUGGAGGCGUAGCAUCAAUUAGAAGACCUUAGGAUAGUGUUAUUUAUUGGCAAUAAGAUCUGCACAGAGAAAUUUCAGGUCCUCCUUCUCCCUUACCCUUACCUCCUCGUAAGUCCUAUCUUUUCUGGAUGUAUCCAUGGCUAAGGCAUGCAUAUGGUUAAAUGUUGUAAGAUAUGUAAUUUAAUAUUGAAUUUCAACCUAGAAAUCGAACUCUAGUUCCAUUCA